AUGAACCCAGCAGAUCAAAAACAAAUGGCAGCGCCAGCAGGUGCUCAACUCAUCCGGGACGAAUUUGGACAAUUCUAUGGAGGAAAUUUCGAAAUCAGACACCGCGAUACAAACACAAUUUUGAUCUUGAACUUGCAAGGCGAGGUCCAUGCUAAACCGGGCACCAUGAUCAGUUAUACGCAAGGGGUGGUAAUCCGAGGCACAUUCCAUUUCACAUUCAAGAAUAUCUUUACGGGAGAUCAGACUGCGUACUUGCACUUACGUGGUCCUGGACAAGCUACGUUAUCCAACCAUGGACUUGGAGACAUUAUUGUGCUCUAUAUGAACAACAGCCAGUGGAUUACGAAUCGUAAUGCAUUCCUUUGUAUGACUGAUGGUAUUCAACGUGACUCGAAAGCCCAAUCAAUUGGCAAAACAUUCAUGUCUGGAGCUGGAUUGUGGGUUCAUCAUUAUACAGGAACUGGCACUCUGUUCCUCGAAACAUUUGGAGCGAUCUUAUUUCAGGAUCUUCAACCUGGUGAAAACUACUUCAUUCACCACCACUUUGUUGUUGCUUGGAACUGCCAGUAUGGUGUGGAGACCAUCAAGGCUGAAGGUGGAUUUUUCUCGAAACUUGCCACCGGAGACUUUUGGAUGUGUAGAUUCACUGGUCCUGGACGAGUUUACUUUCAAUCCAAAAGCGCAGAUGUGUUUGGAGAAUGGAUUUCUCCAUACAUUCCUCAAAAGGGUAAUUGA